CUCUCUGGCUUACUUUGCUUUAGCUCUCUCUCUAACACACAAAUAGGUUAGAGGGAAACGGACACACAAAGCGAGAGGAACAGAGACGCGAGGAUUAAAAAAACGCAAACGUCUGGAGAAACCCCGACUUGUUUGCGGCUCUGACUCCUAAUUGGAUGUGCGGACGGCGGCGAAGGAGAGACUAGGAGCACCCUUUGCUUCAACCCCCACCUCUUCUUGCCACAGGGGAAGGCUACACACACACACACACACACUCGAUGAAAAGCAGCACCUAGGCCACACGUCAUUAGUUCUCGCUGGCCAAGCACCGACAAAAGGAGAAGCCUGGAGACCGAGCACCCCGUCCGCUGCGUCUCGGUGUGUUUUAGAGGUCAACCCAGGCUGUCUUUUUCCAAAGAGAAGACCAGAACCACAGGGGAAAGUGGUGUUAAUGUCAAGUGGCGGCGUGGAAUAGCGUCACUUGUGGGGGGUCGAAAUGGUGCCGCCGAGGGGAUUACAGCAGAGCAGGAAAGCUGCGCUCGCACUUUGGAUGGAGGGAAGGAAGAGGAUUUAAAGCUACGCUUAAUCGGAGUCGAUAGGACCCUUGUCUGGAUUCAACACCAGCAUCACCUGGGGGUCGGACAAGAGGAAAAAAAAAUUGAUAUUCUGAAGCAGUGCACAGCUUGAAAGUUGCAGCACUCGGACUACUUCCGGGUCAUAGUGCAGUGGGAGGAGCCUGUGCUUGUUUUUUCCUGCCAACCCCCCCCCCCCCCCGCCCCCUCAUUACCAUCUGCCCGCUAAGCCCCCGGAGCACAUUUUUGUCGUCGCUUCCCAUGGACCCCGACAUGGUGUUCAUGUUACCUUGACGCCAAGCGCACAUCUCGGCUGCCUGCGGCGUGUGCUCUUCCUCGGGUGGGUUCGGCGACCAAGCGAUGGCCAUGGUGAGUGGGGGCUGGGGCGACCCCAAUGGCGGCACCAACGGGCUGGGGGACAAUAAGAGCUACCUGAAGAGGGAGGACGACGACGGCUCUCCCCAGGCCGGGGGCAGCGACAUGGAGGCCGGGGAGGACGACAAGGCCUGCGUGCUGGACUGCGUGGUGUGCGGGGACAAGUCGAGCGGGAAACAUUACGGCGUGUUCACCUGCGAGGGCUGCAAAAGCUUCUUCAAAAGGAGCGUCCGACGUAACCUCAGCUACACGUGCAGGUCAAACAGGGAGUGUCAGAUUGACCAGCACCACCGCAACCAAUGCCAAUACUGUCGCCUCAAGAAGUGCUUCCGCGUGGGCAUGCGCAAAGAAGCAGUUCAACGCGGUCGCAUCCCACCUCAGCCUAGCCUCAGCCCCACCCUCACGCCUUUAGGUGGCGCCAGCGGCCUGGGCGGCGGCGAAUUCUACAACAACAACAACAACAACGGCGGCGGUCAGCCGGUGUCGGAGCUCAUCUCCCAGCUGCUGCGAGCCGAGCCGUACCCCAACAGCCGCUACGGGCACCAGUACAACCAGCAGGCGGGGCCCGACAACGCCAUGGGCAUCGAUAACAUCUGCGAGUUGGCGGCACGGCUACUCUUCAGCACGGUGGAGUGGGCGCGCAACAUCCCCUACUACCCCGAGCUGCCCGUGUCGGAUCAGGUGGCACUGCUGAGGCUGAGCUGGAGCGAGCUGUUCAUCCUCAACGCCGCCCAGUCGGCCUUGCCGCUCCACAUGGCGCCCCUGCUGGCGGCGGCGGGCUUCCACUCGUCGCCCAUGUCGGCGGAGCGCGUGGUGUCCUUCAUGGACCAGGUGAGGGUGUUCCAGGACCAGGUGGACAAGCUGACCCGGCUGCAGGUGGACUCUGCCGAGUACAGCUGUCUCAAGGCCAUCGCGCUCUUCUCACCAGACGCCUGCGGUCUGACAGAUCCGGUCCACGUGGAGUCUCUGCAGGAGAAGGCUCAGGUGGCCCUGACCGAGUACGAGAGGAUGCAGUACCCCAGUCAGCCUCAGCGCUUCGGCCGCCUCCUCCUGCGUCUGCCGGCUCUGCGCGCCGUGCCCGCCAGCCUCAUCUCCCAGCUCUUUUUCAUGCGCCUCGUGGGGAAGACCCCCAUCGAGACGCUGAUCCGAGACAUGCAGCUCUCCGGAAGCUCCAUCAGCUGGCCCUACGUGCCGGGGCAGUAGCCUGGGAUCAGCGGCGGCACGGACCCGCGGGAACCCUCCUGACUCAUCGCUGUCCAUCUGUGUGGUUAUCCAACUGGGGUGCCAGCCGGCUAUCAUAUGUACUGUCAUGUAACCGCUCAAUGCCCCGCUGUCGCGUCCCCCACAAACUCUGUCUCCACGCGGGCUUCCCGAGACUCACCUGUGAGGACAUGACAAAGCAGGUGGGCUCACAUGCAUGGUACUGAUGAAGUGAGCACCUGCAGGGGUGUUGUGGAGAGGAUUCGGGGGGGGAAUGAUCAAAAAGAAACCAAGGAAAAUUCACCAAAGUUCAUCCUCAGAUUGAUGCACAAAAAAACGACGAGGACUGAGUGGAACACGAGGAUGAAGUCGUGCACAAGGCUCGUAGUCCAGAAGAAAACAGACUAUUACCUCACGAGACAUCAGAAUGCUUUAGUCUGAUAUUUCAACAAAUUCAAACCAGAACCUCUGUAAAUGUUUCCUCACCAGAAACCGCCUUCUUUUUGACAACCGCCUUGCUCCUGGUGAACAUCUGUCGCUUCUUUUCGCAGCAUCCAGGGAGUGCUCGCACGCUGUUUACUCAUUUUGUUAUCGCAAAAUGGAAUACAUUCAUUUUGUCCUCAAAAUUCUACACACAAUACCCCAUCAUGAAAAUUAAGUUUUUAAUUUGCAUAUUUAUUAAAAAUAAAAUAAAACAUAUUUACACACUUUUUCACAGCCUUUGCUCAAUACUUAGUUGGUGCACCUUUGGCAGCAAUUCCAGUUUCAAGUCUUUUUGAAUACGACGCCUCAAGCUUGGCAUACCUAUCUUUGGGCACUUUAUAUGCACAUGUGGGUUUUUUUUUAAAUUCUUAAUAAAUUUGUAAACAUUAAAAAAAAUAAAAAAUCACAAUUACAUUAUGGGGUAUUGUGUGUAGAAUUUUGAGGACAACAUUGAAUGUAUUACAGUUUGGAAUAAGACUGUAUUGUAACAAAAUGUAGAAAACAUGCGAGUACUUAUUUUGUCCUCAAAAUUCUACACACAAUACCCCCAUCAUGACAAUUAAGUUUUAGUUUUUUUUGCAAAUUUAUUUAAAAUUACCGGUAAACAAACCAUAUUUUCACAAGCUUUCACAGUCUUUGCUCAAUACUUAGUUGGUGCACCUUUGGCAACAAUUCCAGUCUCAAGUCUUUUUUAAUACAAACUUGGCACACCUAUCUUUGGUGCACUUUAUAUGCACAUGUGUUGUUUUUUCUUAAUAAAUUUGCAAACAUUAAAUAAACAAAAAAAUAAAUCACAAUGACAUUAUGGGGUAUUGUGUGUAGAAUUUUGAGGACAACAUUGAACGUAUUCCAGUUUGGAAUAAGACUGUAAUGUAACAAAAUGUAGAAAACAUGUGAGUACUUAUUUUGUCCUCAACACACAAUACCCCCAUCAUGACAAUUAAGGUUUUUUUUUUUUAAUUUAAAAUUAAACAAAACAUAUUUUCACACGUUUUCACAGUCUUUGCUCAAUACUUAGUUGAUGCACCUUUGGCAGCAAUUCCAGUCUCAAGGCACACCUAUCUUUGGUGCACUUUAUAUGCACAUGUGAUUUUUUUUUAAUCCUUAAUAAAUUUGCAAACAUAAAAUAAAUACGAUUUCACAAUGUCAUUAUGGGUUAUUGUGUGUAGAAUUUUGAGGACAACAUUGAAUGCAUUCCAUUUUGGAAUAAGACUGUAUUGUAACAAAAUGUAGCAAAUGUGUGAGUACUUAUUUUGUCCUCAAAAUUCUACACACAAUACCCCCAUCAUGACAAUUAAGGUUUUUUUUUUAAUUUUUUUAAAUUAAACAAAACAUAUUUUCACACAUUUUCACAGUCUUUGCUCAAUACUUAGUUGAUGCACCUUUGGCAGCAAUUCCAGUCUCAAGGCACACCUAUCUUUGGUGCACUUUAUAUGCACAUGUGAUUUUUUUUUUUAAUCCUUAAUAAAUUUGCAAACAUAGAAAAAAAAAAAAAUUCACAUUGUCAUUAUGGGUUAUUGUGUGUAGAAUUUUGAGGACAUUGAAUGCAUUCCAUUUUGGAAUUAGACUAACAUAACAAAAUGUAGAAAAUGUGUGAGUACUUAUUUUGUCCUCAAAAUUCUACACACAAUACCCCCAUCAUGACGAUGAUUUUUUUAAAUUUAUUUUAUUUGCAAAUUUAUUAAAAAGAAAAAAAAAACAUAUUUACACACAUUUUCACAGCCUUUGCUCAAUACUUAGUUGGUGCACCUUUGGCAGAAAUUCCAGUCUCAAGUAUUUUUUAAUACAAACUUGGCACACCUAUCUUUAGUGCACUUUAUAUGCACAUGUGAUUUUUUUUAAAAUCCUUAAUAAAUUUGCAAACAUAAAAAAAAGAAGAAAAUUCACAUUUUGGGGUAUUGUGUGUAGAAUUUUGAGGACAACAUUGAAUGUAUUCCAUUUUGGGAUAAGACUAACGUAACAAAAUGUAGAAAAUGUGAGUACUUAUUUUGUCCUCAAAAUUCUACACACAAUACCCCCACCAUGAUGAUGAAUUUGUUUUGUUUGUUUAUUUGCAAAUUUAUUAAGAAAAAAAAACAUUUACACACAUUUUCACAGCCUUUGCUCAAUACUUAGUUGGUGCACCUUUGGCAACAAUUCCAGUCUCAAGUCUUUUUGAAUACAAUGCCACAAGCUUGGCACACCUGUCUUUGGCCACUUUAUAUGCACAUGUGAUUUUUUUUAAAAUCCUUAAUAAAUUUGCAAACAUUAAAAAAAAUCACAUUGUCAUUAUGGGGUAUUGUGUGUAGAAUUUUGAGGACAACAUUGAAUGUAUUCCAUUUUGGGAUAAGACUAGCGUAACAAAAUGUAGAAAAUGCGUGAGUACUUAUUUUGUCCUCAAAAUUCUAGACACAAUACCCCCAUCAUGAUGAUGAAUUAUUAUUUUUUGUUUAUUUGCAAAUUUAUUAAAAAGAAAAAAAACAUUUACACACAUUUUCACAGCCUUUGCUCAAUACUUAGUUGGUGCACCUUUGGCAACAAUUCCAGUCUCAAGUCUUUUUUAAUACAAACUCGGCACACCUAUCUUUGGUGCACUUUAUAUGCACAUGUGAUUUUUUUUUUUAAUCCUUAAUAAAUUUGCAAACAUAAAAAAAAAAAAAAGAAUUCACAUUGUCAUUAUGGGUUAUUGUGUGAAGAAUUUUGAGGACAACAUUGAAUGCAUUCCAUUUUGGAAUAAGACUAACAUAACAAAAUAUAGAAAAUGUGUGAGUACUUAUUUUGUCCUCAAAAUUCUACACACAAUACCCCCAUCAUGACGAUUUUUUUUUUUUUAGUUUAUUUGCAAAUUUAUUAAAAAGAAAAAAAAACAUUUACACACAUUUUCACAGCCUUUGCUCAGUACUUAGUUGAUGCACCUUUGGCAGCAAUUCCAGUCUCAAGUCUUUUUGAAUACAAGCUUGGCACACCUAUCUUUGGGCACUUUAUAUGCACGUGUGCUUUUUUUUUUUUAAAUCCUUAAUACAUUUGCAAACAUAAAAAAAAAGAAGAAAAUUCUCACAUGGUCAUUUUGGGGUAUUGUGUGUAGAAUUUUGAGGACAACAUUGAAUGUAUUCCAUUUUUGGAAUAAUAAAAUGUGGAAAACGUGCGAGUACUUUCCAGAUGCACGGUAUAAAGUUGGGAUGGGAAAAAAAAAAAAGUUUCUAACACUAAAGAAUUCACUUUUAGAGAGGAUCCUUUUCAAUCGUGUGUAAAUAUCCACUUUUCUUUGCAUGGAUUGAGUUUUUGGAUCUUUCCUGAGUUGUUUCGCCCCUUUUUACGGAAUUAAGGGUUCCUGUUUCAAUGUUGCAAGUGUUGCUUUCUGUGAGUUGCUCUACGUGUUUACGUGAAAUGACCUCCGGCGAGGCGACUUUUCGUUGGGACGAUGAACUGCACAAGGAGGAUAUUUCUAACCAAAAUGCCACAAAAAGACGGUCCCUGAUCCACCGCCAGGACUUACCUCACGCUCCUCAUUUCUGUUAAAUUAUAGCAUCACCCACACAAAUUCAAGCCUAAUUAUUUCCUUCUUGCUUUAUUGGACGCUGAAAGUUCUUUUAGUCAUGAAGCCUUUAAGUUUAGAUGCACAGUCCUGCUUCUCCUUUUUGUGUUCCUACCUUUUUGGUUUUGUACGUGUAUGACAAGGUGAUUAAAAGAAUCUAAAGAGAA